GACACUGGGAGCACCGGCUACAUCAGCACAGGAAAAUUCCGGACCCUCUUGGAGAGCCACAGCUCUAAGCUGGACCCACACAAAAAGGAGGUGCUGCUAGCUCUUGCUGACAGCCAUGCAGAUGGGCAGAUCUGCUACCAGGAUUUUGUCAACCUGAUGAGCAACAAGCGAUCCAACAGCUUCCGCCAGGCCAUCCUUCAGGGCAACCGCAGGCUGAGCAGCAAGGCCCUGCUGGAGGAGAAGGGGUUGAGCCUCUCACAGCGGCUCAUCCGCCACGUGGCCUACGAGACUCUGCCCCGGGAGAUUGACCGCAAGUGGUACUAUGACAGCUACACCUGCUGCCCUCCGCCCUGGUUCAUGAUCACAGUCACCCUGAUGGAGGUUGCCCUUUUCCUGGCCAGUGGGGUCCUAUUGGAUCAGUUUGUGCUGCAGGUGACACAUCCUCGCUACCUGAAGAAUUCUCUGGUUUACCACCCGCAGCUCCGUGCACAGGCUUGGCGCUAUGUGACAUACAUCUUCAUGCAUGCAGGGGUAGAACACCUAGGACUCAAUGUGGUGCUGCAGCUGCUGGUUGGAGUACCCCUGGAGAUGGUGCAUGGAGCCACCCGAAUUGGGCUUAUCUACGUGGCCGGUGUCGUGGCAGGCUCCUUGGCUGUGUCUGUGGCUGACAUGACCGCACCUGUUGUGGGCUCUUCCGGAGGGGUGUAUGCACUGGUCUCUGCCCACCUGGCCAACAUUGUCAUGAACUGGUCAGGCAUGAAGUGCCAGCUCAAGCUGCUUCGGAUGGCUGUGGCCUUGAUCUGUAUGAGUAUGGAGUUCGGGAGGGCUGUGUGGCUCCGCUUCCACCCAUCGGCUUAUCCCCCAUGCCCCCACCCAAGCUUCGUGGCGCACUUGGGUGGCGUGGCUGUGGGCAUCACCCUGGGCGUGGUGGUUCUAAGGAACUAUGAGCAGAGGCUGCAGGACCAGUCGCUGUGGUGGAUCUUUGUGACCAUGUACACCAUCUUCGUGCUGUUUGCUGUCUUCUGGAACAUCUUUGCCUACACUCUACUGGACUUGAAGCUGCCACCACCCCCCUAA